GUCUUCUUGCAAUCUCUUGCAAGGGCAGAACGUCCUGAAAUCAUUCGAAAAUGAUUCUAUCGCCUACUCUCGGCCUCCUGCUGGUCCUCAGCUGCUGCUGCUGCUCCAACGCCUUGAUAGAGCUAUCGGAGCAAUAUCUGAACGACAUUAAGCUCGACCAGGCGGCUGACCAGGCUGACUAUAACUACGAUCAUCAGGGCGAUGACUGGGAUGGGCUAUGCCAAACGGGCAAACGACAGUCUCCUAUUGUUCUCAAUAGGUUCGAUACUGUGCCAGGGAAAGUGCCUCGCCUUCGCUUCCUCAACUAUGACAGUGACCUGCAAACUCCGCUGGUAUUGAUGAACAAUGGCCACACAGCCAACCUGGUCAUACCACCCACUCGAAAUGGACAGCGUCCCAUUGUCACUGGUGGACUUCUCCCGGGCAGCUUUGAGGCCCAGAGCAUGCACUUCCAUUGGGGAUCGGAAAACUCCAGCGGCACAGAGCAUAUAAUAUUGGAUUUGAGAGACAUCGCACAGGUGGAGGUGCACAUUGUGCACAAGAAUAUCCGCUAUAAAACUGUUGCGGAGGCCAGUAUGCAUCCGGAUGGCCUGGCCGUUCUGGCUGUUCUGAUCCGCUCCUCAAGGAGCCCAAUGACAUCGAGUAACAACCUCGUCAAGAUCUUCAAUCGGGUUCCUCGCAUUGUUCGAUACGGCACCAAUGUCACAAUAACUGGUAAAUUGACUGCUGAAAAUCUGAUGGGAGAUAUCGUAACGGGACAGUUCUUCACCUAUAAUGGAUCGCUGACUACGCCGGACUGUGCCGAGGCUGUUACAUGGGUUGUGUUCCCACAAAUCGUCAAUAUUUACUACCGGAUAGUUGAGAGACUGUAUAACCUUAGAGACUCGCGCUCAAAGCCCUUGAUAAACAACUAUCGCAGCAUACAAGACACAAAUGGAAGACCAGUCUACUAUCGAAACCUUUAAAAACGAAAAAAGCAGUCCUAUUGCUUUUUGCAUAUGUUUUGCUUUCUUUACAGCAGAAUAAAGGAGUAACAUUUUAGUUAAUGUGCUUAA